CAAUCUCUAAAUUGGUUCUAAAAAUAGAAACAAACUAGGUGUGGUAAAAAUAGAUUUUUAAGAAUAUUUUACUAAAUUUAACCACUUUAAAAGGUCCGGUAUGUGGAAUUACAUUAGACGUUACGCUGUUGAAGAUUAUAGGUCGUGAACAAUUAAGCUAAAGUAACCAAAAACAUGUCGGGUGAACAUAAAACUGUGAUAAAAGGGAAUUCUUCUAAAUAUGUGAAGUUGAACGUAGGGGGUUCCCUCCAUUAUACGACCAUAGGGACCCUUACCAAGCAAGAUACCAUGUUACGGGCGAUGUUUAGUGGACGCAUGGAGGUUCUUACAGAUUCAGAAGGUUGGAUCUUAAUAGACAGGAAUGGUCAGUAUUUUGGAUACAUUUUAAAUUUUCUGCGUGAUGGAACUGUUGCACUUCCAGACAGUAGGAGAGAACUGAUGGAACUGUUGCAGGAAGCUAAAUAUUUCCUUGUUCAAGAUCUGGUCAAACUUGUGGAGGCACAUUUAAAGAGACUUGGUAAGGAUGAUGUAGAACCAAUGUGUCGUAUACCACUGGUCACUUCACAAAGGGAGGAACAAAGUCUCAUCUCAACAACUGUAAAGCCUGUGAUUAAACUAAUAUGUAACAGACAUAACAACAAGUAUUCAUACACUCCAAAUUCUGAUGACAAUUUUUUGAAGAAUUUGGAGCUAUUUGACAAGUUAGCGUUAAGAUUCAGUGGGCGUGUCUUAUUUCUGAAAGAUGUUCUAGGUAGUAGUGAAAUCUGUUGCUGGUCAUUCUACGGUCAUAAUCAGAAAAUAGCCGAGGUUUGUUGUACAUCCAUUGUGUAUGGUGAACAGAAAAAACAUACUAAGGUUGAAUUUCCUGAAGCAAAGAUAUAUGAAGAGGCGUUAAAUUGUCUACUAUAUGAAAACCGUCACUCGAGACCAGAUGCUGAAUUGAUGAAAGCUACACGAGGGUUUGGAACAAACACAGGGGCGACUGGUUACCAGAGUGAUGAAGAAAUGGAUGACAUGUCACGUGUUCGGACAAACAGAAAAUAAAUUUAUAUCUUCAGAAUGAUGAUGUGCAUAAUAUUGGCAGGGGAGAAUCUAAAAAGCAUUUCGUAUAAAAGAAACUUCCCCCUUGUAUUUAUGUUAUAUAAAGCGAGGAGAAGAUGCCCUUUAUAAGGGCUGUAGACUGUUGUAUCGUAUUUAUUUUGUUGCAUUUUAGAGUAUAUUGUUAAAGCGCUUUAUUGAUUUUGUGAUACAGUCAACAUUGUGGCCAGUAAGAUGUCAUUGACAAGAUAAAAUAUUAUAGUUUCAGAAAAUAUACAAAAAAAACAACUACAUGCAGAAUAUACAAAAAAACUUCAUGUACUGUCAGACUAAUUCUUGUGUAAAUUAGUAAUUUAUUAAAUACCACACAUUGUAAUUGUAUUGUUAUAAUAAAUUGAUGAUUUUGGUACAAUACAAUUAUAUGUUACCCGAAGAAAAUUGUUUAUAGAAGCUUAUGAUUUUUUGGGGGAAAAGGUUUUACUCAAUAUUUAUACAAACCUGUCUUGACUAAAGGCAUCAGGUGUAAAGAGCUAAGUGAAUUAGUAACUGAGCAUGUGAGUGAGGGAGUGACUGUGUAAAUAAGCAAGUGAGUGUUUGAAUAUCUGAGAAAAGUGAGUGAAUGAAGUAGCAAAUGAGUGAGAAAAUGAGUGAGUGACGAGUGCAGUGAUCACUGGUACACUGCCACUUCACUGUGCAAUAGUUUAUCUUAUAUAUGUCUUUAAUAUAAUUUCUUGAAUGCAGACCAAACAAAUUAUAAUAUUUCUGCAAUGGAGAUUUCUUUUGCCCAGUUUCAACUUUUGAUUUUAUGAAAAUUUAUUUUUCAGAAAUAUUUUGGUAAAGUUUAAAUUAACAGGUAUACAUUGGGCAUUAAAUGCUUAUGUUAUACAUGGUAAAUAUGAUAAUACUGUUUUGACAUCUAAUUUUGUGUUUUCUUUGCUGGUUACACAAUGUAGCAGUUUGUUGUAUUGUAAAAAUACUGGAAAGUUUAUGAUUUUUGUUAGUGGUUAUGUGAUGUAUAAUUCAUGUUAAUUUAAAUUUUUGAGUAUUGUUUUAGCUACAUAAACAUGCUAAUAAGGCUCAAUUCAAACGGUUUCUGUCAUCUUCCAUUUCUUUGCUCAUCUUUUCGAAAAAGAAAAAGAGCUUUAAUCAUGAUCCCCUCAUAAUUAUUUGUUAACAAUUUUGUUUAAGGUCACUUUUGCAGAAAGUAUCAAAAUAUCUCAAAAACUUGAUAUACAUACAUGUUUACUAUGAAUACAAAAGGGGAGAUAAUCUAAAUAUUUAUGGGUAUAAGUUGUAACAAAUAUGAUUAACUAUAGCCAAAAAUUAUUGACUUUUCAUGCCAUGGGUCUAAAUAUAUACUAUACCCAUAUGAAUUGUAUUUUAUGUAUUUUAUUUGUGCAGUGAGCUGGAACUUAAAAAUGUUCUAUGGGAUUUAGAGGCACUAUAAUAGUAAAAUUAAAUGACAAAUUUUUUAAAAUGAUUUAAUGUACUCAAAUCAUGCUAAAAAGUCUCAGCAUGAAUUUCUAUAUAAAUUCUAGAUAUUUCGGGUUUAAAGCGUAAAUAUAUCUAGAUAUAAUGAACAAACUUAGAUGCCGACAGAAUCACCGCAUAGUUUUAAAACAAGCCAUGUGACUUGAACAAACCUUGGAAGUUACAAUAACAGAUAAUGUAGAUAUUGUAUGAUUGAAAUAAGUUUAAGUUAUUCAUUUGACAUGUUCUUUAACGUGUCCAGAGCUCACUGUGACAACUUUUGUGAAAUCUUAACGUUCUAACCUGACUCACUUGGAUCAAGUUAGUAUGCCACUAUUUUAUUUUUUAUAAGGAGUAAAGUUUUGUUCCUAUGAUUGCCUAGUGUAUUUAUUUUGAGGGCAUUUACAGAGUAAUGAAUGAAAAAAUCAAAACGGUGAAAUGAAAAUUUUGCCUGAGUCUCCCUUUAAAACUAAAUGACUGGUUUCUGUAAAUCCUGUUACAUGACUAUAUCUGAAGUUGAACUAAAUGUACAUUUAUAUUUUGUUACUAUUAAAGAGAACAAAAUAUAAUGCUUUAAUGAUGGGGAAAUGUGUGGUGUAAAAUUCUAAUGUAAUCUAAUGCUAGAACAUGUGAGUUUAUUUGAAAAAUUAUGACUCUUACUCAUAAAUUAUUUAUAUAAUUUGUAUUUUUCUUUGUAAGUUAACUGAAGAUUUUGUUAAAAUUUUGAAUUGAUAUUAUAUCAGCCCACUAAAAAAUGAAAUAAUUAUAUUUUGGUAUUUCUUGUUUGUCCCUUCUGAAUUCCUACAUCUACAACAUUUUAUAAUCAUUUAGAAACAACUGAAAUUUAGGAUGAAAACUAAACCAAAAAAAACCUGAUUUACAUUCCUUGAGAAAUACCAAAGUUAUGGCCAUUUAUACGAAUUAAAAUUAAUUUUUAAUGUAUCCUAGUAAUUCUGUAAAGGAAUGCAAAUAGUUUAGUUCUUGAGAAAGUAGGGUAGAAAAUACCUCCACACUUCAUUCAUUUAUAAUUAUAUAUAUUUAUUUAAAUACUGUAAAAUUCUCAAGCCUAGUCAUAUAUCUCUUGCUUUCAAUUACUUUCUACAUAAUUUAACCAAAAAUGCUUUCUUAUUCACAAUUGUCAUUUUUUACCCCUUUAAGACAAAGUUAUGUAACAUAACCAUAUUUUUUAAGAAAAUAUUUUGUGUAAUGCAUCAAUGUCCAGUAGUACUGGAUAUGUCAGUAAAACAUGGCCUGUUUUUAUAUACUUGUAUGAAUAUUCAACUGGGUAUACAAUUUUAUUGUAUUUACUUGUUUACCAUUAAACUGUUGUUUUGUAUUGAAGUAUUAUUAUUGUCAGCUACUGGUUAAUUAAAUUUUAUAGAUAUAUAAAAAUAAUAGAAGUUAA